CACACAGUCUUCGUUCAUAAUAAACAAUCUCAAAACAAAAGUACAGAUAAAAAUUAAAAAAUUAGUGAAUUAAAGUGAUAUUGAAGGAUAGUUCAGAAUGUCGGCAAUAAUGGAUUGCCGUCUGUGCCUAGAAAAGAAGAAACAUUUGCUGGAAAUAAAUUCAGAUAUACAAAAUUCAUUCUUUACAAUUACACAAAUGAAGCUCAACAAGCUCGAGCACUUUUCAAAUUCAGUAUGUCUAAUCUGCUACAAAAAGCUUCUAGCAGCCCAAGGCUAUAGAGACAUGCUUGUGAAAAUUGAAGAAAAGCUUUUAUGCACAUUUGCAAGACAACACAAAUCCUCGACACCGAUGCUUCGAACGACAAAAAAUUCACAACGCACAUUGACAAAUGGAGCAUCAAGUUCGUCACACAUACCAAUAACAAGACCUGGUCUACGGCAGAAUUUUUCGCAGCAAUUGAAGAGAGAAAUGAACGCAAAAGACGAUGGAACAUCGGAUGAAGAGGACAUGAGUCUAUUAGAAGAAAUUGUGUCAUUUAAUGCUCCAGAUGCUUCAAAUUUCCUCAGUGAACAGGACCAUGACAAUCAGUUUUCGCUCCUAAGUGAUUCUGAAAUGCAAAAUGACGACGAAGAUGGGGAACCAACAUUCAAAGAAGAGCCAUAUGAUCGACCAAUUGUCGAGAUUGAUGAGUCAUCCAACAGUCACACAAGUUUUGGCAAUAACAGCUUUGGAAAUAAUAGCUUCGCCAACACAAGUUUUCCACUUAAACCCUUCAAAUGUGACGUUCCUGGAUGUGCAUCAAGUUCAACUACCGUCAAAGCACUCAAAAAGCAUCGUCGGAGGGUCCAUGGAAUUCGAGUAAAGCCAGUUAACACUUUAAUGGACACAUCAGCUGUAAAAAAGCCACCAAUCAAGAAAAUAAAACUCGAUGAACAUCCACUGAUGCAUACUCUAGGAAAUGAUGACUCGAUGCCCUUCCAAUGCAAAUUUUGUAAUCUUAUUUUGAGGAAUCGUCGGGUAUUGUGUCGACAUAUUGAGACAGUUCAUAAGCAAGCAAAAUUCUAUUGUACAAUUGAUGGAUGUAAGCAUGCAAGCACUCGAAAAGACAAUUAUCGUCUGCAUCUAAAAAAUUAUCAUCGCAAUUUGCCUGAAGAAGAAUUGAACCAAGCAUUAAUGUUGACUAAAAAUAUGCAGCCUGUCUACGUAAAUAAAGACUUUGAAAUGUACGAAGAUGAAGAUGAUCAAAUUAGUUCAAUGGCACUAAAGACAGAUUCCGUGGAUGUUAAUGACGCUGCUGGUGAUUCAAUGAUUGACGAAAAUGAAACAGAUUGGUUUGUAAAAUUGCCGGAAUAAAAUUAGCAACACAAUUAUGAGAACAAAUUUUAAGUUUAAAAUAUUUUUUGUACUUAAUGCCAAAAGAUUUCUUGAAGUUUGGCAUAAAAAAAAUUGUAAUUGUAAAAUAGGAAUGAUAAGAGAGAAGAGCAAUAAGGAAUAAACUUUUAGCGUAAAGAUGCCAAACUAAAUUCGCAAUUGUAGGUGAAGUAUUUUUAAACAAAAUUAACAAACAGUGUAAAAAAAUACUAUGUUUUUGAAACAGAAAAUGUUUAAGGAUGUUCUUGAAUUAGAUUUUUGGAUGCACUACCAAUAAUAUGCGGGAUUAUUUUUCUUUUCGAAAAACUAUUUAAGCAACA